AUGCUUCCUCGAACGGCUGCGGCCACCCGAACUCCCCAACUCAACCGCCUCGUCUCGGCCGGCUCCCGCAGAGCUCUUCCCAGAUGCCCGCCUUCUCUCGGUGCCCGGGGCUCGCUGGCUUCGACCCAUAGGCUGUUGUCCACCAUCACCACCCAGCAACCGAGCCCGCUUAAGAGACAGCCUGCACCCCGAGCCACCGUUGGCUUCGAGCGCCAUCUCGCCACUGUACUAGACGAACCCGCCCAGACUGCCACAGCGCCCUUGUACGAACUGCGAUCCUUCUCUCCCCAGAACCCCUUGACGGUCCGCGACCAGACCAAGUUCUUCCCAAAGCAGCGCGUGAACUACCACGGUGUUCCUGGAGACGUCAAUGAGAUGUACUUGGUUUUCGAGGCCUGUCUUCAAGUUGGACGUCUUGAGCGAGCGGCUCAGGUUCUUAAGCGUUUUGCCACCUUGGAGGUUCUACCGCCAGCCGACUUUGUGGAUCUCUUCAACCAGUAUCUCGACGCCAAGGUUGGUCAGCUCUUGGAAGAGCCUGCCGUGGAUAAGGCCGAUGACAUCCACAAGGCCUUCGAGACCACCAUCAGCAGCGGCAGGGACUUUCCUGUUGGUGGUGAGACUGUCGCCUUGCUUCUCAAGGCAUCUCUCACCUCCUCGGAUCCAGCAACAAUGCAGCGUUACGUCGACAGAUAUUUGAGCCUGCUUCCCACACAGACCGCCCUCGAGACCGUCUUCAACACCCAAAUCCUAACAUACGAGGAAUUGACAAAGGUUGCUGAGCUGUGCCCCAAGUACAACAUGCCCGACAAUGUGGAUCCCGAAGCCUUUGCACAGCAACAGCAAGAGCAACAGCAACAGCAACAAGAGCCAGCUGUUGGCCAGUCUGAAAAUACGACCGCGCACUUGCUUACUUCGGGUGAAGCCUCUGCAGUCCCCGAAGUUCUUGGCACUCCGCAAAAGGGAUACGGUCUCCAGUUCGUCAAGCGGACAAUCAGCAUGUUUGCGGGCAUCCCGGACGGUUUCGACAUCUCGACAUUGCCUCUUUCUCAGCAGAGGGAGAUCCAGUCCAAGUUGGAAAAGGACUGCAUUGAUGCGUCGCUAGCACGCUGGCGAGAGGAGAACGAGUCGCUUCAAAAGAUGGGCCUGAAUACCUCCCUCGACACUCCAUCACUCAAUUCGAGGCUCUACCAGUGGCAGAAAGACCUUGAGGCUCGUUUGCUCACCAUGCUUGAGGAGGUGGAGGAAUCCGAGAAGGCGACCAGAAAAACAAAGGAGGAUUUGGAUCGCUGCAUCUACGGCCCCUUCCUAAGGCAAUCCAACCCCGAGCGCCUGGCCGCGGUCACCAUCAUCAGUACACUCAGCUCGCUCGCCAUGGGCGGCGCCCACAAGGGGGCCACGAUCGCAUCUCUCAUCACUCACAUCGCCAAAUUUGCCGAAGAGGAUAUCAGGGUACAAAAGGCUGAAGCCAUGCUCAGCAAGAACACCCUCCGAAAGAGCAAGGUUAAACAGUACAACCCCCGCUCAUUUCUGCGAUUCACAAACACGACUGCUUCUGCUGGCUCUGGUGAUAUGGCCGACUCCAACACCGUCGACGUGGUCAUGGAGGAGGAGGCCUGGACGACUUUGAUCCGAACAAAGGUCGGCGCGGCCCUCCUGUCCGCCCUUCUUGAUACGGCAAAAAUCAAGCUUGUCCGCGAGGAUCCCGCGACCAAGACCCUUGUUACGCAAAACCAGCCCGCAUUCUCCCACGUCAUGCAACUAAGGAGAGGCAAGAAGGUUGGAACCAUCAUUCCCAACAAGGCCGUCGUCGACCUCUUGGUUCGGGAACCCGUACCGGACUUUCUCGCUCGCCAUCUUCCCAUGGUUACCGCACCAGAUCCCUGGGUAUCGUUUGAGAGGGGUGCCUAUCUCGAAACCAAGACCCCUGUACUUCGCUUGAAGAACGGUGAGAGGGAGCAGAAACUCUACACUGAGGCGGCCAUCGCUCGCGGUGACAUGGAUCAGAUCUUCAAAGGUCUCGAUGUCCUGGGCAAGACAGGUUGGAAGAUCAAUCACCCAGUAUUCAAGGUCAUGCUGGAGGUCUGGAACUCUGGCGAGCAAGUCGCAAACAUUCCUCCUCUUAACCCUGUUUUCGAACAACCUGCCGAGCCGGCAUCCACCGAAGACCCGACCAUUAAGCGUUCGUGGCUCAAAGCGCUCAAGGCUAUCGAAAACGAGAGAUCCGGGUUGCAUUCGCAGCGGUGCUUCAUGAACUUCCAACUCGAAAUUGCCAGGGCGUACCGCGAUCAAACUUUCUACUUCCCACACAAUGUUGAUUUCCGUGGACGCGCCUAUCCAAUCCCCCCUUAUCUCAAUCAUAUGGGUGCUGACCAUCUCCGUGGCCUGAUGCUUUUUUCCAAGGGCAAACCAUUGGGAGAGAGCGGCUUGCGCUGGCUCAAGGUUCACCUUGCCAACCUUUACGGCUUCGACAAGGCUAGUCUGCAGGAGCGUCAAGAAUUUGCCGAAGAAAACAUUGAGAACGUCCGGGAGUCGGCCAGAAACCCGCUGAACGGAAACCGAUGGUGGCUCAAGGCUGAGGACCCAUGGCAAUGCCUUGCUACGUGCUUUGAGCUCGCGGAAGCACUUGAGCUGGAGGAUCCUACAAAAUACGUAUCCCAUCUUCCGGUACACCAAGACGGAACCUGCAACGGACUGCAGCAUUACGCUGCUCUCGGUGGUGAUACAUGGGGUGCAAAGCAAGUCAAUCUGGUUCCUGGAGAACGUCCUGCCGAUGUCUACUCGGCUGUUGCCAAGUUGGUGAUUAAGGGCAUCGACGAAGAUCUCGCCAAGGACAAUGAGUUUGCCAAGGCCAUGCAUGGUAAAAUUACACGCAAGGUGGUGAAGCAAACCGUCAUGACCAAUGUUUACGGCGUGACGUAUGUCGGCGCGAAGAAACAGGUCCUGAAGCAGAUCGACGCGGCGUACCCGAACCUCAUGACCGAGACGGGCAUCGAACCCCCUCUCGCAGCCGCAUACGUGACGCAGCAUAUCUUCAGGGCAAUGUCCACCAUGUUCAAGGGCGCUCACGACAUUCAGAACUGGCUUGGAGAAAUUGGCGGACGUGUUUGCCGCGCCUUGACGCCCGAGCAACUUGAUGAGUUUGAGAGAUCGGAACGGUUUCCUCAAGGAGACGGGACAGCAACCGACGGGAAUCAGACGCUUGCCGCAGCCCCCAAGAAGUCAGCUUCUCACAAAAACGACGAGAUUCUCAACAACUUCCAGUCAACCAUCAUCUGGACAACACCCUUGCGUAUGCCGGUCGUUCAGCCUUACAGGAGGCAUGGGACCAAGACUGUCUCCACGUGCAUGCAGGAUCUUGUCAUGACGAUCCCGGAGAGAUCGGAUCCCGUCAACAGGAGGAAACAGCUACAGGCUUUCCCGCCCAACUUCAUUCACUCGCUUGACGCUAGUCACAUGAUUCUGUCGGCGCUACACUGCGACGAACUGGGACUUACCUUUGCCGCUGUCCAUGACUCGUUCUGGACUCACGCUUCUGAUGUAGACACCAUGAACACCGUCAUUCGCGAUGCUUUCAUCCGUAUCCAUAGUGAGGAUGUCAUUGGCCGCUUAGCCGCCGAGUUUCAGGCGCGCUACAAGAAUUCCAUUUACCUCGCCAAGAUCCAACAGGGCACACAAGUUGCCCAGGAGAUCCAGCGGUGGCGCCAGAAGCACAAGCUCGGGCCCAGGAAGGAGCUGCUUUUGGAGAAGGAACGGCAAGAACUUCUUCGCUCAUCAAAUCCAGAAGACGUGGAGAGGGGCAGGAAGAUGGAAUCGCCGGCCAGCAUUUACGAACUGUAUUCGAGAGAUGAGGAUCUCACUGUCCCCGAGGAUCUGAAGGAGGUUACUAUUGGCAACGUCGGCGGUGCAGAAGAGAAGAAGGUUCGCAGGGAACGGGAAAUGGAUGACGAGGGAGAAGAGGCAGAUGGCAGCGAGGAGGCCGUCGAGCAGGAGGAUGACGUGCAGGAGGAUGACGGGCCGGCUGUCGAAUCCGACUCGCUUGACGCGCUGAGGAACACGAAUCACUUUGCCAUUUCGAAGAAGAAGGCCAACGAGUCGAUCGGAGCUGGUGGCAACAAGUACAGGGCCUUUAUUGACGUCUGGCUUCCCUUGACCUUCCCACCCAUCCCGAAGAAGGGUGACUUCGAUGUCCGGUCUUUGAAAGAAAGCACGUACUUCUUCUCCUAA